AUGGAACAGUUUCUUGAAUGUUAUUUGGAUGCUAGUUUUGAAAAUACGCCCCGAAAUGGGUUGCAUGACCGAAGAAAUCGGAGACAGAUGGUUGAGUAUAUUAAUACGCUGAUACAGGGAUGUGCUGGAGUUCACAACAACAACACCGAAUUAACUUGCAAAGAAGCGAUAACGACGCUAAUCCGGUACCACGAUAAAACGAAAACGGCCAACGGUGCCGUGUGCAUGAUGGGAAAGUACCACAACAUUCUUUACGUAGCCGUGAAACUGUGCUACCUGUGGCAAUUGCGAGAUGCAGAUCUGGUUUGCAAAUUGCUGCGAGAGAUUUACGCGUGUGAAUCUACGUUUGAACGGAUUUUAAUCGGAGCGAUUUUUGGUACCAAGGCACCGCAUUUCAUCGCUGGCUGGAAAAGCGAUUUCGAUAAUGAAGAAGAAAACGUCCGUGGUCUAGUAUAUUUUCUGGACAAAGCUAAUUUGGGCAAACUUGAGCUGCCCUUUUUAAAAGAAGAUCAAUUAUUAUCCUACAGAUUUAUUGAUUUGCCUAUUGAAAGUUGUGGAAAGGCAGCUACAUUGAAAAUAUGCGUGCAAUUGGGCCUGCCCGAUAAACUUUUGAUUUUGUUACGAUUCGGCGCCUUACUAGGUACCAACUUUGAACAAAUCCUUGACAGACUAUUGGAGUACCAACACUGCUACCCAUAUAAUCUAGUAGCCAUUUUGCAGCUAUUCUUACGGGUAGUUCCAGCAAUACCUAGAGACAUAAUACUAAUGGAAAAAUAUGCUGUUUUAAUUGAGGAUGGCCUCAUACCUCCAACAAGGUGGGGUCACACUGCUCCAGAAUUAAAACACCUGUGCAGAUGCGCCAUAAGAGAGCAACUAUGGAAAAACUUCAAUUUGCCUAACGGAAUCAGGAAGUUGCAUUUGCCCGAAAAGAUGUGGAGAUAUUUGGAUCUUCUUGAAGAUUAA